ACGAGUCUGAGGAAUCCCAAGAAGUGCCAUUUAGAAUUGUGAACGGAUAUUUGAUUUAAAACCAAAGAAGACAACGUAAAAGCUGCAGAAAAUUCUUUUUUACAUUAAAGAGGAAGAAGGAGGCAAAAAAGCAAAGCUCCAAGCAACCUGAGAAAAAAUCGAAUAAUAUAUAUUUAUUGAGGAAUUAAUUAUACAUACCUAACUCAAUUAAAAAAUAAUUACAGAGUUAGAAGCACUCGCACUCGUACAUACAUAUACACAAAUAGGAGGUGACAUUUAUAUAUAGGUAUUCACAUACACGCACGCACUGCACCGGAAAUUAAUUUGUUACAAAAAAUUGAUCGCUAAAGCCGAGCAGCAGUAUUUGCAGCCGCUAAUUUAAAAUAAAAUAAAACUAAAUUAAGAGCAACUUUCGAACGGGUCGGACUUACCAUAAUUUUAGAAAGUAGUAUUGAAUGCUAAAAACACACAUAUUUUUUAACGAAAUUCAUACAAAACACGAAUUUAACUGUAUAAAAUUUGUAUGAAUUGAUUAAAUUAGAGAGUAAAAAUGGCAGAUAGAUAUACAAAAACGACCUCUAGCAGCGUGUUAGAAGGAAAGAAUGACAAAAAGGGUGCUACACACACACCAGCGUCGUCCCAGUUGCCCAAUGACGCCGCUGGUAGUAGCGCCAACCACAAAAAUGUGCAAAUCCUUACAAAGCUUGCCAACAGUUUGAGCGAAAGCUACCAACUGGUCAAGCAACGCCAACAAAAAUACAACGAAUUGAGCUCCAAAAUGGGCGGCGUAGACGCGCCACAGCUCGUGAGCUAUACCCAAGACUGUGAUGAUGCCGGCGCUGGCGAGUGGCAGGAAGUAAAGAAUAAGCUAAAGCGCAAGAAGAAGCUUUCGGCUUCACUCACCUCCGUCAACGACUCGGUGAAUCAGGAGAAGCGCACCCGCAUCGAGGGCAUACAGCUGAACUGCCGCGGCAAGUUGCACAUCACCGAGCUGCCGGCACUAGUGCCGCAGUCAGCGACGCGCAGCUAUGUCAAUGUGGGCGUGGCACAACGCGCCGAACGCUGGGGUGGCGCAAAAUCGAAUGCGGCGGCCUCGAAUGUUGCUGCCGCACCGACAACCAAACAGACAAACGCGUGCAAUACAGCGCCGGCACCAGCGCCAGUGACGGCAGCGACUGGUUUAGUCACUGCUGCCGGCGUGAGCACAGCAGCGCCACCACCGCGCCUCAAGCGCAAACUGCAGGAAAAUGUGCAGACAAUACAAAAGCUUAAUGCGCUCACAGAGCAGCUAAGGCUGGAAAUCAACGAGCUGAAGUCCAGCUUGACGACCGAACGAGGCGCAGUGCGCGUGUUGCGCGCACAAAAUGAGUCGGAGACUCGCAAAUGGAAGAAUGAGGUGAAGAGACUGCAAAAUGCUGUAGAGCUUUUGAAGAAGAACAACACAUUGCCGCUGGUCGGUGCGAAGAAGGCGACAGAUGCCGGCAGCGAGAACUUGCCAAAUGCUUCCACGACUGGCAAUGUAACCAACUACGAAGUACAAAGACUGACAAAUGAAGUUAUUGCGCUGAAGGAAGCGAACAGAGCUUUAGAAGAGAAGAAAAUGAUCAAUUGCGACGCUGACAGACGUAAAGCAGCUGAUAUGCGCACAUUGAAAGACACUUAUGAAAUCCGAUUGACUCAAUUAACUAAAUCUGCCAAAACUGAAAUUUCACGUCUGCUGGAGGAAAUAAAAACCAAAGAACGUAAUAUUGGGCAACUUAGAAAGGAAUUACAAACACUACAGGCACGGCCAAAUAGCCAAGCUGAAGUGAAAAGCAGAAAUGCAACGACAAAUCAACAAACAACGAAUAAAACGACGAAACCAAAGAAAAAUAAUAACAACAAUAAGUCCAAAACAAAUACAAGAAACAAUAGAUCGAACGAAAUGAAUGCUUCCACCUCCGCUUUGACGAAAAAGACGGAGGAUAGCAGGGAUACAACAGACGGAGAGGCUCAACAUCCAAAUGAGGCGAAAAAACUCAAGGAUUUUGAGCUGAUCAAUAAUACAAAAAAUCUACAAAAUAAUAAUAAGUCCACCAAGCCUGAAAUAGGCAAUUCAAAUGAUAAAUCAAGUGCCGCUAUUACAGCGGCAAAAGCAACUACAACAACAACAACAAAUGGGAUUGCAAACAAAAUACUCAAUGAUACACAAACUAAUCUCAAAUUGAAACAAUUACAAAAUGUUAGUCUUAAUUUAAAUGUAAAUGUCGAUAAUGAACAAAUUCAUAAUAAUAUCAAUAACAACAACAACAACUACAACAACAACACAACGUCAUCAAACAAAUCAUUAGUCAUAAUAAGUAAUGAAAAUUGUAACAACUUACUAAAAACAACAGAAUAUGUGCCAGUGCAACAACAAAAAGAGAGAGAGCACGCAGAGGAGAGUUCAACUGGAAUAAUAACCACAACAACAACAACAAAAACACAAACACCCGCAGAAACAACAGCGGUUAGCACGACUGCAAUUAACAAUAUGUGCACAACAACAACGGUCACAACAACAACCACACAAACAGCUGAAGCGGAUAAUCGACAUCACAACGAUAUGCACGACGAGAGAAUGAAGGACAAUCACUCCGAUUCGGAUUCGGCACUCUCAUCAGCGCCACCAUCCAUAAGUCCACAGCCGCCGCCAGCUGGACUGGACACAGCUGAUAUUUGGCAAAUGAUUCGCACCUACAGCACUGAUUUGCAAAAACUGCAAAAGGAUAAUGAAAUCUUGCAGAAGGAAAACGAACAUUUACAUGCGGAGCUGAAUUUGGCCAAGGAGCAUAUACUCGAUGCCGAAAAAACCAGCAUGGAUAUCAACAAUAAUGCCAAAUUACAACAACUCAUGGCACGUGUGAAACAACUCGAGGAGCAUGAGCAUCAAUUGAGCACGGAGGCGGAUGAGUUGCGCGAACAAAAUGAACUGUUGGAAUUCCGGAUACUCGAAUUGGAGGAAACGAAUGAUAAGUGGUCUGUGCAGAGCCAUACAACAGCUUCGACCACAUCACAAACUGCCACCGCCCCGACAGUAAAGAACGUUUGGGCGAAUCAGGAAGAUCCCAUGCAGCUGAUAUUUGGAAAAUGUGGAAAUGGUGCCGCAAGCGUUGAUUCCCGCAUCACAUCGCCAAAUAAUCAGCAGCAUGCGGAAAAUGAAAUCAAUCUGAUUGAUCCUGCCAAUGAAGAGUUACGUCGCCGGAUUUCACAAAUGUUGCAAAAGUCCAUUCUCGAUAGCGAGGACAGGGACUGUCUGCAGCAGCUCAUUCGAUUGGUGCAACAUUUGGAUUUGAUGGCGCAACGCAGCGAAUCCAAUUCGCUGAAUACCAACUCGUGUUCGAGUGAUGAGGCCAGCAGCUUGGAUUUGGUAAAAUCGCGUAUAUCGGACUACAGUUCAGCAUCAUCGCCUUCAAGCGCUCGCUCCGCGUACGAGGCAAGCAACAAUACAGGCAGCAGAAGCAGCAGCAGCAAUCCAAGCUUGAAAUCGGUCACAAAACCUGCCGUACCUGCCACACCGCUCCCCAACGCAGCCCGUAUUGUGGCAACCGUUUCGCCCUAUAACAGUUCGCCGCAGCAUCAGGCCGCCUACAAUCACAGCAGCGGUAACAAUCAGUUGGUUCCGACGAAUACACCAACCGAUUCGCCACGCAAGUCCCGCCAGGCCUGGCUGAGCAACAGCCUCAGUGAGAGCGGCGUAUUCGUUGAGUCGGAUUUCUUGAGCGACGUCAGUGAGAACAACGCCUGCACUCAGACCGACUUCGAGGAAGAGAGUAUUGCAUACGCAGCGCGCGAUUUUUGCAACGAACUACAAAAACUCCAGCGCACCGAUCCCACACACAAGGUCGGCGCGACCAAAGUACCUGCCCAACUAUCGCCGAAUUUAAGCGACCAAAAGCGGCUGCAGUAUUACAAAGACCGUGUGGCGCUACUAGAGAACAAGGUACUCAUAUACGAGAGUUCCGGUGACUUGCAGACCAAGCGAUUGGCCGAUCGUCUACAACGUGAGAUUUUGUUGGAGAAAGAGCUGAAGGAGCUUCGCGACCGUGUCGAGUUUUUGGAAAGUGAGAAUUUAACGCUCGAAGAGGAAAAGUGUGAGUUCGAGGAGGCUGAGAACGACACACGUUUACGCCUACAGCGGUUGGAAGUCGAGCUGGAAAUUCUCAGUCAACGAAACGUUGAGCUGGAAAUGUCCAGAGAAGCAUUGAGUGCCAAGUACAAAGACUGCCGUUCUGAGUGUUUGAUUUUACGUGACGACCUAGCCGUAACCGAAACGCAAAUUCGUCACCUCGAGGAAGACAAGCAGAUAGCCAAAGAGAAUCUAGAGAUACUUCAUAGUUUGUUGCCAUUGUUAUUGACGUACUACACUACGAUCACGUUCACGCAGUGGGCGAACACCAACAGCAGCGACUGCACAUCACGGCCAGGAACGCCUAGGAAAACAAACGAAACUCAGUCACUUGCGAAGAACCCAGAUACUGAAAUGGGCAACGUGAUGCCAAUAGUCUCUGAACAGGUGAAUGAUGUAUUACCCGCAUUUUCGGGUAAUCAAUUUGUUCGCGCUACUCCAAUGCCAAACUUUAACUGCGAAGAUCAGUUUUAUCGCAAUGAGAGCCCUGAAGUGUCGAACUGUGUGUGCCAGUACCUGAAGGAAGAAGUGAAAUGUUUACGAAGUCAAAUUAAGGACUUGAAUUCCCGUCAUUACGAGGCCAUGGAGUCGGCUGACUGCCAUUGGGUAGAACUAGAGCGUCAGUACAAGGAUCGUGAGGAGGCGUACCGUGCCAAGGAGUGCUGCCUGAAGUCGAAAAUACAGAAGCUUCAGGACUGUUUGCGGGAUGAUGCGCGCGCAGCCAACGAGAAGAUCUGUCAAUUGGAAGAAGCAGAGCGCGACUUGAAGAACUGUCUUGUGCGCGUGUCCAAGGAACAUCGUGACUUAACGGAUGAUCAUGAAUCCAUAAGCGCGGAAUACGAACGUGUCAGGGAGCAAUUGGAUGCGUUGAAAGAGCAACAAAAGCCGACAAUCGACCAGCUGGAGCAGGAGAAGAAACGCAACAAGACCCUGAACGAUGAACUCAGCUUCAUGCGAAAAUUGCAACAGGAAACUGAGUCAAGAAACUUGACCGAAGUGGAAGCUUUGCAGGGACAGCUGUUCGAACUGAAGAAGGAGUUCUUACAUAUUGAAGUGACUAACAGCGAGCUAAAAGAAGAAGUGGCCACACUGGAGCAGCAGAUUGUCAAACUACAGAAUACCGAGAAGGAGUGCGAAGACAAGAUACGCGUGCUGCAAGACGAGGUGAAGAGCAAGGAGGAGAUGGUGCAGAAGCUCGAGAAACGGCUGGAACGAUCGGAAGGCUAUAGCUUGGCACAAGAGCUGAGUGGAAGCCCGUCGAAACGUUUCAAGCGCGAAGACGUCAAAGAUCUAAAGUCAGCCAGCACUGGCUUAGGGAAUGCGUUGCGUAAUUUCAAGGAAUGCGAGACAAACUUACCUUCCCACCAGCAGUUCUCGAGCGUGGCUCGCGAUGUAAAGAGGCUGGCAGACAGCCUACUGCAUGGCGAUUCGCUGGACGAUGAGGUAAGCGUUAACAUAGAAAUCAGUCAGGUGAAUCCCCCCGAAACCGAAAAAUCUAACAAUGACAAUGAGUUGGUUGUGGAAGAACAGAAGGUUGCGGAGCUUUUUGAAGCUCCCGAACUAGAAGUUUCCCAAGAGCCAGAGGGAAAUGGCGAUGAUCCCUUACCCACGCAAGAUCUAACAGUCGCGAUGGCACUCAUGCCACAGUUUGUCAUAGACGUGUGUCUCAAGCCCCUUUUUAUGACCCCCAAAGAAAAGUCCACUUGUCUGAAACCGAUUUGCGAGGUGCCUUCGGAGUUGCGAAUGCUUUCAGCAAGUCAAUGCGAGUCCUCUAAGGCUGCUGAAACCAUAAAACGGCUCUCGAUAUCCACCUCCCAAAGGAACCGAAAGCGCCGUUUGAAACGCCGUGUUUUACACACACGCGUACGUCGCAUUGUGUCGUGCUUCAAUGCUCAUCGGCCGCAGCAUUUCCACGAUGUGAGCGACGUCGAGAUAAGCCAAUCGGAAAUACUUCAACGCUUCGAUAGCUUCCACUCGCUGCAAGAAGAUGGCAUCGAGCUGCAACUAAAGGUGGAUGCCUUCACCGAAACUGAGUUCGAAAAAAUCGACAAGGGAACUGAGACGGAAGGUACCUGCAAUGAACACAAAGAGAUCGGUGUUCAGGUGAACGACGAUAUGAAUCCCGAGCGUUUGCUCGAUGUUGUUCCCUUGCAGAUUCGUGUUUUUCUCAGUACGCUUAAGACGUCACUGCCGAAAAAUUCCCUGGAGCUGAUCGAGUUUAACCAAAAUCUAUUAAAACGUUGGGAAGCCGACAAAGAGUUUCGUGAUGGCCUCGAAAUACUGCAAACCUACUCGAUUUUCGACUCGGACUACAACGAACAAGUAUCGACGGAAAAUUAUGAACACUUCGUGAAUGCAAUGUCGUGCCUGCAUGUGCUCGAGGAACUCUUCAAGCCGCUGAAGGUGCCGAUGAUGCAACAAAUCGAAGAUCAAAUUAAUGAACAACUCAUGGAUUUCCAUACCAAGAGAAUGGAAUCGGAAUUCUAUUGCACUGUCUACUAUCCGGUGGAAAGGGAAAUGCGAACAGAGGCGAUAAGUAAUUACGAAAUCCUCUUGACAAAUUCAGUGUAAACUUCAACGGGUAUCGACGGAA